CCAUUCAUCGAUAACUAACCUGUUGAAACAUCGCAAGAGGUCUCAACAAUUUUCACCAUGAAAUAUUUGGGAAUAAGUGUAAUAUGCUGUAUAAUUUUCACAGAAAUUUCCAGAUGUCAGGCGGCAAAUCUCACUUUCCCCAGCAAUUUUUCAAUCGGUGCCGCAACAGCAUCCUAUCAAAUAGAAGGGGCAUGGAAUACCAGCGAUAAGGGAGAAAAUAUUUGGGACUGGUUCACCCACAAUUACCCGGAUAGUAUAGCGGACGGAAGUAAUGGAGACGUGGCUUGCGAUUCUUAUAAUCAGUACGAAGUGGACGUGGCGUUGUUGAAGAAUUUGGGCGUCGAUUUCUACCGGUUUUCAAUCAGCUGGUCACGCGUACUGCCAAAUGGUUUCGCAAACGAAGUCAGCGAGGAUGGGAUUCAGUACUACAAGAAUCUCACCCAAUUGUUAAUCGCUAACGAUAUCGAGCCAGUCGUGACACUUUAUCACUGGGACCAUCCAGAGAUUCUUGAAGAGUUGGGUGGAUGGACCAACGAGAUGAUGGUGACAUGGUACGCCGACUAUGUUCGGAUAAUUUUCGAAAAAUUGGGGCCCUACGUUAAGAGAUUCAUUACAAUUAACGAGCCAACGUCCUACUGCGUAAAAGGAUAUAACAAUACUGAGUUUGCUCCAGCAAAGGUAUUGGAAAACAUGGGGCACUACAUUUGCAUACACAACACCUUGAAGGCUCACGCUACAGCGUAUCACAUAUACGACGACGAAUUCCGAGCAACCCAAAAUGGUGAAAUAGGUUUAGUCGCAUACUGCAGAGGAUGGGUCCCAGGUGACAACGUAACCGACGAAACCAUAGAGCAGUAUUUCCUAUUCAAAUGCGGUUGGGUCGUGAAUCCCAUUUUCGCUGGGGACUAUCCAGAAAUCAUGAAAACUAGAAUAGCCAACAUCAGUGCGCUCGAAGGUUACCCAUUUUCGCGUCUUCCCGAAUUUACUGACGAUUGGAUAGAGUACAUUAAUGGAACGGCAGAUUUCUUCGGUCUGAAUUACUACACCUCUCGAUUACCUGUAUUCGAUACAAAUGAGGACCUUGGUAUAUACACGAUAGACAGUGGUGUAAUCGAAAAUGUUAACAGCAGUUGGUCAGUGGGGAGUUCGGAUUGGUUAUAUGUAGUACCAGAGGGAUUAGGUAAUCUGCUACGAAUGAUUAGGGAUACGUACGGCAACCCACCGGUGUGGAUUAUGGAAAAUGGAUAUUCCGACGAAGGUGAAUCUGAUGAUUAUGAUCGAAUCAGCUACUAUUAUGAUCACCUCAGCGAAGUCCUCUCCGCCAUCAACGACGAUGGCUGCAAUAUUGAAGGUUACACGAUCUGGUCACUGAUGGACAAUUUUGAAUGGGCGGAUGGUUACACAAAACUAUUCGGCAUUCACCAAGUGGACUUUGAUAGUUCCAACAGAACGAGAUCGACCAAGCUUUCCGCUACCUGGUGGCAAGAAGUACUCAGCGCGCGAGCACUUCAGAAGGUUCCAACUGCCAGUAGUACUAGCCGUUAAACAAAUUUACCAUCGAUCAUUAUCCCCUGGCAUGAAUAUAUUAUAGAUAUAUAAAUCAAAGUGGUGACAAUUACG